ACAGCAUGGAUUCUGCGCAGACUGGCCUGGAUCCAUGCUGGUUGCAAAGCCACUAUGUUGAUUUUCACAUGGUGCGGCUCGUUUGUGAAUUAAACAUAAAAUAAGACACUCGACUCUUAGUCGCAAUCUUAAUAGGUUAAAUCGGACAUCUGCAAGCGAUACGAAAACAAAUAUACAGUUUUCGGAUGACAUCUUAAAGCUGAAGAGUAACAUACACGUGUAAAGUUUGACCAUAAUUACUACAUGCAAUUUAUGUUUACUGAUUUAUGUUGAAAGUAAACAUGUUACAAAGGACAAAAGUUAAAAAAUAGAAUAAAAAAGUUAUAAGAAAUAAAAAGAUCUCCACAUAUCUAUUAUUUUACCUAUCUGUUGCUCUAUUUACGGUAUGAAAACUACGAAAUAAAGGUAUCCAUUUCUUGUUAUUCAGUUCUAAACCAAAGGUUAAUUGAGCUCAUUGUUUUGUCAGGUGUUUUCAGCAAUGUUUUAUGUAAUAAGAUUCUUUCUUAUUCUGUGCAAUACCAGACAGAUAUGUUUUCUGAAGAAGCAACAAAACAGGAUCAUAAACACAUGGUUCGACUUACCUUACUCACCGCUGCACAUCUGUCCAUUUUGAAAUGUGGUUGUUGUUAUAAUAACAUAAAACUGAAUGCCAGAACACUUAAAACACAGAAAUAGAACUUAAUGACACAAAUACGCAAAGUGGAUCAAUCGACUGUUAAAUUUUAUGAGUAUCAACAUUUUUUUAACAUUUCUAAAAUAUUAUUCUAUUUUCGAAGGUCGUACAUAUAAUUUAUCUUGAAUAUACACGAUUGCGAAGAAAACAUGAGACUUGCUAUGUGUUAUUAUUAUAUUUUCUCGUCCUUUGGGAUUAUAGAGUGCACUCAAUUAUACUGUAAUAGAAUUCCGCUUAAGCCGGUGCUAGUAGGCGUGAGGGAUGUUGUAUAUUUCACUACCUCUCAUGAACAGACUCAAUCAAACCGUGUCCGCUAUUAUUUUGCUUGGUUGCAUUCUGUGCUCCCAAAGGAUCUUCUAACAUAUUUUAUUAUAUGCAUCACUCAAGCGAGCGUAUCUUAUAGAUAAAUUUAUGUGUGCGUGUGGUGUUUCCGUGUAUACUGUUAAUAUAUCACUUUUCAAAUUACACGUUGUGAAUGGAAAUUUCCAAGAGACCCCUCUGCUUUACAUUUGCAAAGGGAAAAUAUCCCGGAUAAGUUUGGUAUUUCUCACUGUGUAUGUCUUAUCUGAGAUGCCUGUUUUUCAUUCUUUGAGACUUUGUUCAUUUCAGCUUCUUUAUAUUUACAGUGCCAUUCAGCUGUUUUUGUAACAUUGUCGUCCUUUAAUUAUACAAAACUGCAACAAAUUCUAAACUGAUAAUGAUUAAAUCGCGACCAUAACUAAAUGUUUGUUCUUCUUUGUGAAUAAAAUUGUGCAUUUGCGACCAGCAUGCAUCCGCGCAGUCUGGUCAGGGUCCAUGCUGUUCGCUAACGGUUUCUGUAAUUGCAAUAGGCUUUGAAAGCGAACAGCAUGGAUCUUGACCAGACUAGUUAAUACAAUUUUUGAAGCAUAGACUGAGUCUGUUCGUGAGAGGAAGGAAAUGUACAACACCCUUUGCGGUCCUAACACCGGUCCAAAAAGACAAUGAGUCAAAGAACAGGCAGAAUACUUUAAACAGCCUCCAGAUGGCAUGUAAAAACUGUUACUGUCAUAGUUUACAAAAUAUCUCAGAAGAUUAAACUGUGCAUACAGGACAGCAAAAGUCUGUUACUGCAAUAGUUAAUACAAUCUAUAUGAAGAUCGUGUAUAUAAGGCUGCAGUUUGCGACAGAAUUUGUCUAGUCAGUAAAAAGAACUUAAGUAUUUUAGUGGCUUUACACAUUCAUACUCAUUUAAUUAUCUGAAGUAUUUUAAAAACUGUUUAUACAAUGUAUACUAUGUUUACAUAUAUACUGUAUUGUAAUUGUUUAUAUCUUUUUUAAUACGAAAUUUGGACAUAAUGUAUCUUUAAUAAUUAUUUUCAGAAACAUAAAUGAAUGCAUACUACUGAAUUCAUGCAGUGUCACGAUAGAGGAGUGGGAGAAAAAAUAAUCAUUACCAAACCGUCAGUCAAAAAGUUCAAAAUUAAUUAUUUACGAAACUUUCGAUCAAAAAGAUGCAUUUUUCAUUCGUUUUGAACAUAAUUUCACAAAAAAUAGCGCCACCUUUCUGUAAUUUUCCCAUCUGAAAUGAUAUAUUAAUUAGUUCGAGUGAUCACGUCUGGACAGGAAUAGAUUUGACUGCAUAUGUAACUGGUUUUACCGCAAAAAAACAAAAAAAAAAAAAAAAAAAAAAAACAAAAAAAAGAAAAACGUAGCAAAAUUAAUUUUGCUGAAAAAUGCAGCUAUGAGAACACAAGAUGUACUGAAAGGGAAUUAAUUUGUUUAUGAUUGUCACAAUUUAUUAAAAAUAUUCAAACUAUUUCAUUAGGAUGGUUUAGAGACACCAAGCUUACUACCUCCCAAGUAGAUUGCAUAAAAAGAAACUAUUAAAUUAUAAUUUGUUUGUCGACGCUGCAUUUAUAUGCAAUGCGACGCGUAAAUACACUUUUGCAAACGGAUAUUUUCAUUGUGACAAAGAGCGUGUACUCGUGUUUAGUAUGACUGCAGCAAAUUCUAAUAUAAAUAAAUAAAACUUUAAACUCUUUUUAUUGCAAGCGCUAGUGUGAACAUGUUCUGAAAGACGAAAGAGUGUCUCCUUAACUUAUUUUCCAUAAUACAUUUUUAAAUGUAUAUGACAACUACUUUUGUAAAACUUAUUUGAAAAUGUUCUAAAUCUGAAUCAAUUUAAGGACCUUUCCUAUGUUUUUUUCAACUAUAAUGUUCGAACUAGAAACACGCGGUAUACCUGAAAGAAACGCAAAAGAAAUAGAGCAAAUAAUUUUCAAUUUUCUUUGGGAUAAUAAAAAGCCUCAUGUUGCAAAAAAUACACUUAAGCGUGAAAAAUAUUCCAGUGGUCUCAAUCGUUUUAGUAUAUCAGACCUGAGCAUGGCUUUAAAUAUAAGAAUGUUAUACAAGAUUUUGCAUGCAGAUGUUCAAAACUGGAAUGUAAUAGGAAAGUCUGUGUUGUCUGCACGAGAUAAAGAAUAUUACCAAAGAUAUUUUAUAUGUACAUGCUCAUUUUUUGAUAAAUCACUUUUGAAAACCCCGGUUCAUGUUUUUUACAUGCAAGCAAUAAAAAACUGGUGUGAUUUUCUCAAAUGUUUUGAACCGUUAAAAUCGGACGACCUCUUACACUGUAAAUUAUUUGGAAACCAUAAAAUUUUAUCACGCAGUAAGCCGCUGUAUUUUAAGUCCUUUUUGGAAAGUAAUAUUGUUACAAUUAAAGACGUCUGGGAUUAUUCAAAUAGAAAUUUCAUUUCAGAAAGAGAGCUUCUACGAAAAUUAAAGAAGUCCACUAACUGGAUUGCAGAGUGGAUGAAACUUAAAUCCAGUAUACCAAAAGAAUUUACGGAUAUCUUAAAGCUAGGUUCCCAAAUACAGGUUAAUGAUCAAAAUAACCAAAAUAUCAUUUUGUCCCAAAGAAAUUUAACUGUCUGUACGCGAAAUGGAAACAUAAUUCAGCCUAGUAAAUUGCAAACACGCGACAUUUUAAAUUUAUUUGUACGACAUAAUCAACCAAAAAAACUUCAUACAGAACAAAAAUGGGAAGAAAAGUUUAAAACUAGAUCUACAAGCGUUUUGAUAAAUUGGAAUUGUACUUGGUCAAAUUUGUACCGCUGUUACUCCACAAAAAAAGCUAAGCAGUUCCAAUGGAAAUUUUUACAUAAUUGUAUUUUCACAGAAAACAAACUAAGUUUGAUGCGUCUCUCAAACGGUAUUUGUAACAUGUGUAAAUCUCACAGGGAAACAUUAAUACAUUUAUUCUGGGAGUGCGAAAAAGUAAAACCAAUCUGGAAAUAUAUUCAAACAAUAUUAGAAGAACCAUUUAAAAUACUGAAUAUUAAAAAUAUUUUUUCGUUUGAAGACAUUGCUUUUGGACUUUCUUCAAAUAAUGUUAAUUUAAUCAACACGUUUAUAUUCGAGACUAAAUGGCACAUUUGGAAAUUUCGGAAUUUUCAUAAAUUCAGAGCUGAAUUAGAAACCCAUUCACUUAAGAAUUUAAAAAUUUCAAUAACCAACACCGUAAGACAACAAAUACAGUAUCAAAACACGACUAAUGAAAACCGACAAGUGGUUUAUUAUAGGGAAUCGAUCUUACCGAUUUUCGUCGCGAAGCGACGAAAAUCAGGAUCGAAUCCCACUACGGUAACAUACGAGGGUAUCCAAACAACACAUACUAUCCAAAUAAAAAAAUAUGGAGUUCCGGUUUAGACCAUGGGCGUGCGACGACCCCGAUGAAAUUCGGGAUAUCACGGUCUUCGUUAAUGUUAAUAAGCGUCCGUCAGAUCAGUAGGCGAAACGCAAUAUCCGCACAAUAAGAUGUCUGCGACCCGAAAGAAUAUUCAAAGUAAGCUGUUAAUUUUGUUGCGUCAGAAGCUAAUCAGCCGGUAACGUGACUACACUGAUAUAAUUUGUGAUACAAACAUGCUUUAUUCAAUACUGAGUAGCAUUUUUAAACGGCGACAUUUUGAACAUUUUUAUAUUUAGAGUGAGAGUGGAUACACGUUACACUGGCGCCGACAUUUUGAAAAUUUGAGGAAACAAAAAAAUUCUCUAACGAGUUCUUCAGCUCGGGGAAUGAGAGAAUAGAUUCACCUUUGUGUCGCUUUUCAGAUCGUAUUUUAAUUCCUUUCCGAAUAUGGACGGCACUCCAGUACAGCAUGUGCAUGGUUGGACCUGUUGACAUUUUUAGAAACGCGUCUUGGUCUAUUAUACAGAGUAUUGUUGUACUGCUCCAAAGUGCUUGUUGACAGACUGAAACCACUUGCUUGCGGCUCAUAAGGUUCACUUCUUGUGAGCAGGCAGCUACAAAAUGGAAGGUCAACAAAUCCAGUAUACUUGAAAAGCAAGAAAGAAACACCAGAAAAUAUAAAAAGACAGAAGAACAAGGGAACUUUAAUAAAAAGAAAAAAAAAACUUUUAAGGAUAGGAAUUCAGGAUUUACUUAGAAACUAAACUUAUUUUGAGAACAGCAGUGUUUGACUAAGCUGUGUUACCUUAAGAGAUAAUGUAUUAUCACAUUGGUAUUGUUAUUGUCGAGCCCGCUUGCGGAAGCAAAGACAUAGUUGUCCAAAUGUCUAUUCGGUGUAUGUGCGUGCGUGCGUCCGUCCGGAUUUGUUUGUCCGGACCAUAAUUUGGACAUGCAUGGAGCAAUCUUGUUUAUAUAUGGUAUGAAUGUUAACCUCAGUGAGACGGAGUGUCAUGCGCAAGCCCAAGGUUCCUAUCUCAAAGGUCAAGAUCACACUUACACGCCAAAGGUCAAAUUCAAAAAUGACUUUAUCCGGAGCAUUUCUUCUUCAUGCAUGGAGGGAUUUUGAUGUAACUUGGCACAAUUGUUCACCAUCAUGAGAUGGAGUGUCAUGCGCAAGAACCAGGUCCCUUUGUCUAAGGUCAAGGUCACACUUAGAGGUCAAAGGAUACAAGAAUGACAACUUUGUCUGGAGCAUUUCUUCUUCAUGCAUGGAGGGACUUUGAUGUAACUUGGCACAAAUGUUCACCACCAUGAGACAGAGUGUCAUGCGGAAGAACCAGGUCCCUAGGUCUAAGGUCAAGGUCACACUUAAGGUCAAAAGUCAGAUACAAGAAUGACUUUGUCUGGAGCAUUUCUUUUUGAUGCAUAGAGGGAUUUUGAUGUAACUUGGCACAAUUGUUCAUCAUCAUGCGACGGAGUGUCAUGCUUAAGAUCCUAGAAUUACUUCCCUUUGUUGUUACUAUAAAUAGCUUACAUUUGUAACUUUUUUAUUACUGGUCGUAGGGAAAAAUCAAGACCACCUUUCUGUAGUACAACAUGCAUGUUACAUCCAAUUUUCAGGUGUAUUUUGACCUAUCUCUGCUGGUGCGGAUUUUUUUUUAAAUUUGUUUUUUUUAAUUUUACGUUCCUUUGUUGUUACUGUAAAUAACUUAUAUUGUAACUUUUUGCAAUCUCUUUUAUUUGGCAUAAAUGUUUGCCUCAAUGAGACAAGGAGUGUCAUGCACAACUCCUAGUCUUUUUGACAGCUGAUGGGCUUGACAUAUUUCCCGUGGGCAUCUAGUUCUCAUAUUUUUCAUGAGAUUUUAAAGAGAAUGUUCUGUUAUAGGGCCCCUAUGUAGUAAGCAGAUGAUAACUCAUGAAAUGCUUGACCGAUUUAAAUAUUUUUUGGUACAUAGUUACAGGUCAAGUUCGACUUUGGGGUCAGUAGGUCAAAGGUCAAGAUAACUUGCAAACACUUUGGCCUGGGAUCAUAGCUUUUGUAACACAGGUGUAACAUGAUAAAAUACAGGUUGUUUGAAUUUGAGGUCAAUAGAUCAAAGGUCAAGGUCACAGUGACCUUGAACAGUUGAACGGUUUCCGAAUGAUAACUUGAGACCUUGAGCCUAGGAUGAUAAAGUUUGGUACACAGGUGUCACAUCAUGAAAUACAGGUCAAGUUUUACUUUGAGAUCAGUAGGUCAAGGUCACAAUAAGGCAAAACAGUGAAAUGUUUUUCAGAUUAUAACUUGAGAAUGCUUGAGCCUAGGAUCAUGAAAAUUGUUAGGGAGGUUGAUUAUGACCAGCAGGUAAUCCCUAAUGAUGUUGAGGUAAGUAAGUCACAGGUCAAGGUCGCACUGACCCGGUUCUUUAAAAUGAUGCACGGAGGGGCACCUGGGGUCUUCCUCCACCAUUAAAACUGUAAAGUCGCCAUAUGACCUAUCCUGUAUCGGUGUGAUGUUAAGUUCAACAAAAUAACGGUUCUUUAAAAUGGUUUUUGGACAAUAACUUCAGGAUGCUUGGGAUGAGAAACACAAAAUUUAGUACAAGGUUGGUCUUGACCAGCAGAUUACCUGUAUUGAUUUAGAGUUCCAAAGGUCAGGAUGACCCGGAACAUUUAAACCUUUUCCAUACAACAACUUAUGAACACUUGGGCGGAGGAUCAUGAAACUAUGGAGAUUGAAUCUGAGGUCAUUAGGUCAUAGCUCAAGAAAAUGCUGCUUUGAUAUUGGCUUAGUUCAGUGAUAAGGCCAUAUUGUAGGGGUAUAAUUAAUCACUCCUGUGACAACUCUAGCGUUUAGCUCACCUGAGCACAAAGUGCUCAAGGUGAGCUUUUGUGAUCGCCCUGUGUCCGUCCGUCGUCAACAAUUUGACUGUUAACACUCUAGAGGUCACAAUUUUUACCUAAUCUUUAUGAAACUUGGUCAGAAUGUUACCCUCAAUAAAACCUUGGAUACAUUUGAUGUUGGGUUAUCUUGGAUCAAAAACUAGGUCACCAAGUCAAAUCAAAGGAAAAGCUUGUUAACGCCGUAGAGGUCACAUUUAAGACUAUAUCUUCAUGAAACUUGGUCAGAAUGUUAAUCUUGAUGAUCUCAAGGUCCAGUCUGAAUCUGGGUUAUGUAGGGUCAAAAACUAGGUCACUAGGUCAAAUCAAAGGAAAAGCUAGUUUACGCUCUAGAAACCAAAUUUAUGACCAUAUCUUAAUGAAACUUGGUCAAAAUGUUAAUCUUAAUGAUCCAUAGAUCAGAUUCAAAUCUGGGUCAAUCGGGGUCAAAAAUUAGGUCACCAGGUUAAAUCAAAGGAAAAGCUUGUUAACACUUCUAGAGGUCACAAUUUUGACCCAAUCUUAAUGAAACUUUGUCAAAAUGUUAUCCUCAAUAAAAUAUUGGACAAGUUUGAUAUUGGGUCGUCUAGGGUCAAAAACUAGGUCACCAGGUCAAAUCAAAGGAAAAGCUUGUUAACACUGUAGUGGCUACAUUUAUGACCAUAUCUUAAUGAAACUUUGUCAGAAUUUUAAUCUUGAUGAUCUAUAGGCCAAGUUAAAUCUAGUUCAGGUGGGAUUAAAAAUUAGGUCACUAGGUCAAAUCAAAGGAACGGCUUGUUAACACUCCAGAGGCCACAUUUAUGACUGCAUCUUCGUGAAACUUAAUCAGAAUGUUAAUCUUGAUGAUCUUUCAGUCAAGUUUGAAUCUGGGUCAUGUGGGGUCAAAAACUAGGUCACCAAGUCAAAUCAAAGGAAAAGCUAGUUAACUCUUUAGAGGCUACAUUUAUGAUCAUAUCUUAAUGUAACUUGGUCAGAAUGUUGAUCUUGAUGAUCUUUAUGUUAAUAUGUCAGGCGAGCGAUACAGGGCCAUCAUGGCCCCUCUUGUUUAUUUGUUCUUGUUGUAAGAGAAAUUGUACAUUUUAGAAUACAGAUUACAGCAAGUCACAUUUUCUUUAUUUUGACAAUACUUAUUUCAAAGCCUGACAAAAGCAUCCAGUACUGUUAUUAAAAGUUGUUAUUCACAGUUCAGCUAUAUUUCAUGUAUGGAUAAAACAAGUUAUGUGAUCUGUGAUCAUUAUAAAUGUGUAAACAGAUAAAACUUAAACAUGUGAACAGUUUAUUCAAUAAAUAAAGUGUAAUGCAAGUCUUUGUGAUGUGUAUAUAAAAGCAAAAUUAAUUUAGGAUUUGAUUUACGAGAAAUUUCAGAUUUACAAUUAACACAAAUAGAAAAAACCAAGCCUGCACAAGAAGGCUAAUAUGUCUCCCUAGACUGAUCUCUUAACCUGCCGUGGUGCAAAUAGAUUGUUAAUGUGUG